CCUGGCUUGGCGCUGACAGGGUCCUUUCUCCCGCGCCGUCAUUGGCCAGCUUAUUCAAUACACCAUGAUCCCUCGACGACAUGCUCCAAGUCUUUCUUCAACACUAUGCGAGUACAACUUGAAGAUGGACAAUUCUUGUUCAUUCACUCGCAAAAACGCCCUACGCGUUUGGAAGAAUGUGAAAUUGCUUUUUCUCUGCCAGGAUUCGACUGUAACGAGCCAGACAGAAUGGACAGGCAGAGACCUAAAUCAUGGGACGCAUAUUCUUUUCCGUCUCCAAUAUUUCUAAUGUGAAUAGAAAAAUCUAAACAUUGCAGAGCCGUAGACUUCAAAAUUCUUAUCAGUAUACUGAGACUUUCAAACUUCAGGACGCGAAGAAAGAUGACUAUCCCAACCUGCUACUACGCGCCAUGCUUCGACCCGGCCUCAUCUCCUUCCGCGCCGCCGCCCGACCGAUCCGCAGCCAUGUUCCCUCGCGCCCAUACCGCCAACAGCGCUUCGGCGACAAUAGCCCGCGGUCCAGUCGCCAAUUCCUAGGCGGCUUCUUUUUACGCUGGGCUUCCCGGCCCACUUUCUAUCGCGACAUUGCUGUCAUAUCCGGUGGUGCGGGCGCUGCUUACCUGUUUAAUCUGGAAGAGGUGCCGAUAUCCGGCCGCCGCCGCUUCAACAUUGUCUCCCCCGCCAUCGAAGCCUGGGUGGGCAAAACCAGCGUCGACGCAGUGAGAGAACAAUACCAAGGCAGAUUCCUACCAGAAACAGACCCGCGCGUCCGCCUCGUACAGAAAGUUUUGGACAGACUAGUUCCGUAUGCGCAUCGCGCAGGCCUCCACGAUGUAGACUGGGAAGUCAACGUCAUUGACAGCUCCGAAGUGAACGCCUUCGUCGCUCCCGGAGGCAAAGUCUUUGUCUUCACUGGGAUAUUACCAAUGUGCCGCGAUGAAGACGGUAUCGCUGCGGUUUUGGGCCAUGAGAUCGCUCAUGUGGUAGCUCAUCACUCUGCGUAUGCUUUCCUCCACACCCCCUCCCAUUCACCUCAAAACAAAACCCCGAUGUCCACUAACACGAAAUACAGCGAACAACUAAGUCGAUCCCCGAUUGUCGGCCUCGGGGCUCUCGCCCUCAUGAGCAUCGACCUUUCCCUUGCUACCAGCAUGAUGCUCGUCAACCUCUUCCUCUCUUGGCCGGGAAGCAGAAAGCAAGAAGCAGAAGCAGAUUACAUCGGUCUCCUCAUGAUGGCCGAAAGCUGCUACCGCCCCGAAGCCGCCAUGGAACUUUGGAAUCGCAUGGAGAGGGCUGCGGGUGGAAACUCGCCGCCGCAGAUUCUGUCAACGCACCCGUCGAAUCACAAUCGUGAGGAGACAAUCCGCGAGUGGAUUCCUAAAGCUAGAGAGCAAGCGGAGAAAGCCGAGUGUGGCAUUACUGCUGGUUAUGCGAAUCAGUUCGCUGCUACUUUUGGGCAAUUUCAGCAGUUCCCCCGUUGGUAA